AGCGGCCAGCAGCAUGGCCACCAGCGCCGUCCCCAGCGACAACCUCCCCACCUACAAGCUGGUGGUGGUGGGGGACGGAGGCGUGGGCAAGAGUGCCCUCACCAUCCAGUUUUUCCAGAAGAUCUUUGUGCCCGACUACGACCCCACCAUUGAGGACUCCUACCUGAAGCACACGGAGAUCGACAACCAGUGGGCCAUCCUGGACGUGCUGGACACGGCCGGGCAGGAGGAGUUCAGCGCCAUGCGGGAGCAGUACAUGCGCACAGGGGACGGCUUCCUCAUCGUCUUCUCCGUCACAGACAAGGCCAGCUUUGAGCACGUGGACCGCUUCCACCAGCUCAUCCUCCGUGUCAAGGACAGGGAGUCAUUCCCGAUGAUCCUCGUGGCCAACAAGGUGGAUCUGAUGCACUUGAGGAAAAUCACCGGGGACCAAGGAAAAGAGAUGGCAGCCAAACACAAUAUUCCGUACAUAGAGACCAGCGCCAAGGACCCCCCUCUCAACGUGGACAAAGCCUUCCAUGACCUUGUUAGAGUAAUCAGGCAACAGAUUCCGGAAAAAAGCCAGAAGAAGAAGAAGAAAACGAAGUGGCGGGGAGACCGGGCCACUGGCGCCCACAAACUGCAGUGCGCGAUUCUGUGAUGGGCCUGAGACCCGGGGGCGCAGUGAUCAGUCGUGACCCGGCCAGUCCACAGGACCCCUCCACAGCCUAACUGUACUGAACACCAUCUCUAACCAGCACCCUGGGCCCGAGGCCCCAGCAGCACAGGAAGGGAGGGCCGGGAGCCGGCAGGGCCGGCCUGGCUGGGAAGGCCUGCAGAGGGCUGCUCCCCUGGCCCUGGGUGUGCCGGCUCGCUGCUCCCUCUCCUAGGCUUCCCUUCUCACCUGCGCGUCGUUGGCUCGGUGUGGGAGAGUCCACGCAGCUGUGACGGGCAGAGCAGGCGAGCGCGGGCUGCUUCCCUCGCCACCACCCUGUCCUCAGUGUCUGAGCUUGGGUGUGUCUCUCAUAGAUUUUUGAAUUAUU